GCCUUCACACUCAUUCUCUCUCUCUCUUUCUCUCUCUCUCUCUCGCCCUCUCUCUCUCUCUCUCUCUCUCUGCUCUCUCUGUAGUAUUAUUGUGAGUCAGCCUGCCCGUGUGGAGCUGCGGGUUGUUGUUUGUUAUCUAGCCAGCUGUAUGGGGCAGUGGUAGCUGUCAGAGACUGAUCUCCUCCCCAUGGCCUGUCGCUCCUCUGGCUCUGGCUCUUACACUGUGGUUAUCAUCCCCCUCAAGACCAGCCUGUACAGCCUGGACGCACUGCGCUUCUACCUAUGGGUGAGGAGGAAGCUGCUGUGUGUGUGUGUGUGUGUGUGUGUGUUAAUGUGUGUGUGUGAAGGGGGUAUAUGUGAGUGUGUUUUGACAAGAGUUUGAUCUUUAUCACUUGAGGUGGUGAUUUUUAUCAGUUACAUGUUUUCAGUACAACUUCUGAGUACCGUCUGAUUAUUAGCCUACCUGAGCUGUACAGGUGUGGUAUUGUGUAGGUUUUGAAGCUGUGCGAAAGUGCGCAUUUCUUUUAGAAUAAAAGCAGGUUCCUCCAAAAUGUGAAAUAAACUGAAGUUAAGCUGUUAUUUCCUCUCCAGUUUAUUACUGCGCCACUGCUUUAUCUGAAUUUGGCCAAAAUGCACAAACAUGACCUCAUCUGCUCUGUAAGAAUAACAACAAAAAAAGGUUUAAAAUUUUACGUUUUAUUAUUUGUAUCAUAUUUUUGAUGUAAUACUCAAAGAGUAACUCAGCUAAUGGAUUUAUAUCUACAGUGUAAGAAUUCAUAAACCAUGGAUACAGUACAGUAAUACUUCAGAGUGAUUUAUUGCCCUAUAAAUGUACGUACAUGACACGUUUACUGUGAACCAAAUGACAGCCAUGACAAAAAUCCUUUAAUUUUUGACCAAAAGUACUCAUAAAAAUAGAUGUUUAUGUAUACAAAUGAAGGGACCAUUAUUAGGAGAGUAAAAGUACUUGUGGUUAUGAAUUUUGUUCCCUCAACACACUCCAAAGAAAAACUGCGUUAAAAAAAAUUUCUUCCAGGAAAGUUUUUUUUUUUUUUUUUUGAUUUUUUGGUCAAUCAUUUAAUCCAAAAUUUGCUUCUAAAAUGGGAACAUUCAGCUCAAAAGCAUACCAGGUCGUUCUGUUUCAUGACCGCGGUUCCUUUAUUUCUGAGGCGUAUGUCAGACUUCUGCAGCACAUCUGAGUCAUCCCAGUGACAAAUUCCCUCGUGUCAGGUCUGCUCCUCACAGCCUCCUGUUAACACCUCAAAAUAACACGUUUUCAUAUGACUAUAAAUCUGUUAUUACAUAAGUGUGCAGCUGCAGCAAUCAAAGAUGUUUGUUUAUUUUGGGUGCCUCAUUUGUUUCCUCUUUUGUAGCUGAAAUGAAUUAUUGACUAGUAUUGCAAUGUUGUCAUGAGUUGAUAAUUUAUGUCACUGUUCACUGGUUUGAUGAACUAGCUGUGUCCUGACCUAAUGAUGCCAUAACUGCAUCAUCAUCACCACUAUGUGUUAUGACUCCCUGGUCACUGCAGCACUGUUAGCUUUGUGUGUGAGCCCAUUUAAAGAGCAUGUAUCCCAGCUGGGUGCAUACAAUAGCACUAAAGGCCUCCUGCUGCUCUGUAGAUUGACUCUGCUGAUGUAAACAAAGCCUUGGGGCCUCUGGAAGACAACAGGCAGCGCUGUAACCAUCACAUUGCUUUACACCAGGCUGCAGGCUGGUCAUGCUUUCCAGCGGUAAUGCUUAUUAGUCACACUGGUGUCAUUUAGGUCUAUAUACAUGCACACAUAUCCCCAUCAAAAAAUAGUUUGAUGCUUGUGUCUAUGAAGGCGCCAGAGGGUAGAACGUGUUAGAGCUUGGUUGAGGUUUAGACUGUUUAUUAUAGGACUCAGAGUCAUGUAGACUGAAGGUUUAUAAAGAUUAAAACAUUUUCUCAUAUUUAGCCAGGACUGCAUUACUUCACAUUUUCUCUAUUAUUGAAACAGGCCCCCUGAGGAGUAUUUGAUUUUCUCUGCUAAACAGGUUACCUGAAGCCAUCUUUAUUUCGUUUUCUCUACUAGGAUGACCUUUGAGGACAUUUUCUUAUGUUUCUCAAUCAGAGGAACACCCUGAAAGGUGUUCAGAGUUCACAUUUUCUCCACUGACAAGGCCCCAAAAAGUACUUUAACAAGUUUAGUCUAUCAAAAGGGCACCUCAGUGGACAGGUUAUCAGAUUUUCUCCACUAAAAGGGCACAAUGGAAUGUACCUCAUGAGAUUUUCUCCUCUAAGAAGGCUAAAAAGAGCACCUUAGAUUGCAUUCCAUUACUUUUUCUACUCUGGAGAAUCCAGCAAAGAGGUCAUUUUCUCCACUGCGAGGGGAGCAUUUCAAGCAAUCGUCUGCUUAAAGAGAUAGAAGUUAGAAGAAUUGAGACAAGACUUGAAAUGAGUUACAAACAGGGGUUAAUACAAAAGAUUUAUUUCACAUAAAUUUAUCUGUCCUUUCUGUAAAUCUGAUCCAGCUGUGAUCUUCCUCGCUCACAGAUUAAGCGCCUGAAGGAACUGGAGAAGGAGAAGGACGCUCUGUGCUCUGGUCUGGAGAUCCUGGAGAAAGCUCGUCUCUGGUACCUGCAGCGGUUGGAGGAGAACAAAGCAAAGCAGGAAGACUUUGAAACCAAGAGUGGAGCCCUACCCUGCCAGGAGGGUGCAGCAGAGGUGAGGCAGGGCUGGGACAACUUUUGAGCUCCUGCUCCAGUGUCCUUCCCAGUAUGAAGUCGUUGGUGACUCUGUCCGUUUCUCUGCAGGGUCGGUCUUGCUUUCUCAGGAACUGUAUCCAGCGGGUGAAUGGCUCGCUAGGAACUGUGAUGACUGAGCCCAAUGUCACCAGCAGUAGUAAUCUCUCCUUGCCAGAUGCAGUGGCAGACAGCGACCUCCGGUGGCACAACACAAUACUGACUCAGGUAACAAUACAAGAUCUUAUUCACAAUCUCAGAACAAAUGUGAUUUCUCUGGUGUCAUAUUCAAGUUCUGCAUAACAACCUAAAAAAAAACAUAUAGUUGUAUAGUUGUAAAAGUUUAAUAGUUGUCAUAAAAUAAGUGCCUUUUUCACCAUCAACCGGCCCUUUUAAGCAGAGGUUAAUCUGUUUAUUCAUUAUGUUAUGCAUAAGCCAGUCGUGUCUAUUUCAUGAGAUUGUGUUAAUGUGAUUAUCUGUUUUUACAGGAAGUGAGCAACAAGAAUCAUCAGAUUUCCAUGUUAGAGUUGGAGAAAGACGCUCUCCUGGAACAGCUCGAUGAGCUUAAGGCACACUGACUGUAUUUACUGGGGUACAGGUGGACGCAUGGGCUGCACAUGUGCAAACUUUUAUCAAAUUGUAAAUAUGUAUUUAGAUGAAUAAACUACUGUGAAAUAUUUAUCUGCUUCUGUAAGUUCUUUUAAAGCAAACCAGUUUUGCUGCAGGUUUGAAUAACCUGACUGACAUGUUGAUGAGUCAGGUAACUGACUUGAUCGCAAACAAGUCCUACCAUCAUAAUGUACCAUCAAA